CCCGCGGCUUGUUCUGAGGGCGGGGCUAUAUAAGCGCGCCUGUGUCUGGUCGUUGUAUUGUUAGAACGGAAGCCGCACCCGGACACGUGAUUACCGGACUCCCGAAGCCGUCAUGGGGGACAAAAUGGACAUGUCCCUGGAUGAUAUCAUCAAGAUGAACCGGACCCAGAGGCCGGCGGGCCGAGGGGGCCGGGGAGGAAGAGGCGCCCGAGGGGGAGCCGGAGUAGGCCGCGUGCUCGGAGGCGGACGAGGUGGUGGUGGAGGCGGCGGCGGAGGAGCGGGUGGCGGAGGAGCGGGUGGCGGAGGAGGAGGACAACAAGGCCCGCUAAGGACGAGGCCUAUGCUGAGCCGAGGAGCGAGGAACCGGCCGACACCAUACAAUAGGCCCAAGCAGCUUCCAGACAAGUGGCAGCAUGACCUGUUUGACAGUGGUUUCGGUGGUGGUGGUGGUGGUGGUGGCGGCGGCGCUGGAAUGGAGACCGGAGGAAAACUACUUGUGUCCAAUCUGGACUUUGGGGUUUCAGAUGCAGAUAUCCAGGAACUGUUUGCAGAAUUCGGUACACUAAAGAAAGCAGCUGUACACUACGACAGGUCCGGCAGGAGCUUGGGAACAGCUGAUGUGCACUUUGAAAGAAAAGCCGAUGCACUAAAGGCAAUGAAGCAGUAUAAUGGGGUACCACUUGACGGGCGUUCCAUGAACAUCCAGUUGGUCACAUCACAGAUCGAAUCACAGAGGAGACCUAUACAAACGUCUGCCAGGGGUGCAUUGACGAGGCCACGAGGUGCUAUUAGCUUUAGUGCUGGUGGUGGAAACAACAGGAGAGGAGGAGGUGGUGGCAGAGGAAACCGGGGUCGUGGACGGGGUUCAGGAAGAAACACAAAGCAGCAGUUAUCGGCAGAGGAGCUGGAUGCACAGCUUGAUGCCUACAAUGCCCGUAUGGAUACAAGUUAAUCCAGUCCAUUUUUCCCCCUGUGAUGUUACGGCUCCGGAAGUCCUUUCUAUACAUUGUUUUUUGCUUUUAUUUCUAAUAAAUUUUAAACUCAUGUAAAGUCGCUUUUUUUUUUAUUGCGCAGACCAAUUUUUUUUUUUUCCUUUUGUACUGGGUUUUUUUUUUUUUUUCUGGGGUAGAUUUUACUGGUUGAGUGUCAUGGGAUGGGUGAAGUUAAAACAUGCGCCUAAUAAUAAAAAAAAAAAAUACAAGUGUUUGUUAUAUUCCUGUUCUUUGGACAUUGCACACCAUGUGCUUUCAGUUGGACAGGUGGGAGAUUUCUCCUGGGUUUCUUUCUAUGCCAAUGUAAAAUGCUCUUUUUAUGGACUAUGUCCGCUACAAGGCGGGCACAACAAGUAUUGUAACUAUUCUAUUAAACACCCGUUCGGUCUGCA